UCGUCGGCUUCCGUAGGGGAAGGCAGAAAGAUGGCGGCGGCAGUCCUGACACAGUUGGGUGCGUUAUGGACACAAAACCUGAGGAACUCGGGGAAGCUGGCCUUGGGUGUUUUACCUCAAUCAUAUAUUCACACGAGUGCUUCUCUUAACAUUUCUCGAAAAUGGGAGAAGAAGAAUAAGAUUGUUUAUCCUCCACAACUGCCUGGAGAACCUCGGAGACCAGCAGAAAUCUACCACUGUCGAAGACAAAUAAAAUAUAGCAAAGACAAGAUGUGGUAUUUGGCAAAAUUGAUACGAGGAAUGUCCAUUGACCAGGCUUUGGCUCAAUUGGAAUUCAGUGACAAAAAAGGGGCCCAAAUAAUUAAAGAGGUUCUCUUAGAAGCACAAGAUAUGGCAGUGAGAGACCACAAUGUGGAAUUCAGAUCCAAUUUAUAUAUAGCUAAGUCCACUUCAGGGCGAGGCCAGUGCCUGAAACGCAUCCGCUAUCAUGGCAGAGGUUACUUUGGGAUCAUGGAGAAAGUUUAUUGCCAUUAUUUUGUGAAGUUGGUGGAAGGACCCCCACCUCCACAUGAGGAACCGAAGACAGCCGUCGCUUACGCCAAAGAGUAUGUUCAGGAGCUUCGCAACCGGACCAUCAUUCAUACUCUAUGAUGGGGGUGCUCAGACUCCACAGUGUAUAUAUUUUGCCAUUUGUUUUCUAAAAAUAAACAAAAUUUAAAG